AUGCCUAGCGUCAUUACCGAGAGGUCUUCCGGAAACUUAUCAACGAAUAUUGGACCGCAUCGAAUUAGAGAUGACCGCAAAGACCGUCCUCAAAAUCUUUCGGUGGUAGCAGUUGCCUCACGGCCGAUGCAUCUGGAAGAGCUACGAGAAGCCAUCGCUAUUGAACCGAAAGACGAAUUUCUUCGAACCGACCGUCUCGUAAACCAGAUGGAGCGCCUGGUAUUGUGGUGUGACUUCCUGAUUUCUCCUCCUCUUCGAGAAUCAAAAUUUCACUUCCGUUUGAAUAUGGAAGAAUAUGCUGCUGGAUUGGCUUGUCUAACUUAUCUUAAUUUCAACAAUUUUAACCGACAACUGGAGACGCCUCAGAGGGCAUCUACGGAUACGCUCUCCACCAUUCAGGCUCAUGAUCUCGUCAAAACGACCGCUGCUUCAAGUGGAGAUAUUCUGUUUAAGUUUGGAGCACGAUUAUCUGGUAGUCUCCGAAGGCAAAAGACAAAUUUCGAUUCUUUGGGACGUCUUUUGGAUCUCCGCGGGAGAAAAUUGACACCAGCGUCAAGCAUUCUUCGUGCUAAUCACCCCUUCUUAGCAUAUGCUGCUGAGAAUUGGCUGAGACACACUAGGCAAUUUUCAAACUACGAGCUCUCUGAUUAUGAUCAUAUUCCACCUGACACGCCCGAUAGACGCCUGUGGAUGUCAUCUGUGAUUGAACGGCGUCCCUGGGCAAACCUCUUUAACGAUUCGGAGGACAGAAAGACAAAUGCCACUAUUAUGCAGAAUAUUGUGCUUGACUACAACUAUACCGCACUUCUGGGAUGCAUUGAUAGCGGCAACACGGUUGAAGAUGGUAGUGUUGCUGCCAUUUUGAGGAAUGACGUUGACUUGUUCGCCUUAGCUUUUGAAGCAUUAAAACGAGAUCUCGGAGAACUUUUCUUGACGUUGUCGCAGAACAGGAGCGAAAUUUUUGUGACAGAGGCUACCCGAAGAUUGAGUGCUGCAGCUGAAAAUGGGAACGUUCGAGAAAUUGAAUUACUACGAAAGAUGGGAGCUGACUUUGGGGCUCCAACAAGCCUGUCGCAACCGUACACACCUCUCUACCUCGCCGCACGGCAUGGUCAUAAGGAUGCCCUGUGA